AUGGCAAAGCACGCAGCCUCCGACGCGCUAAAAAAACGCCAAGAAGAAGAGGAAAAGGCAAGAGCUUACCGGAUUGCUCACGCAAUUUGGCUGGAUGAGCAACAGAAGCCAAAAGAUGAGUGCCUGUCUUACUGGGAGGAGGAGACUAAAUGGGAUUCAUCUCAUUUGAGCGCCGUCGAAGAAGAAGAGGUUGUCAAUUACCUCAUUGAGACGGCAGCUCAGGGCUUUGGGCUGUCACAUCAUCGUUUGAAGGAGCACGUCAUAGAGCUCUGCCAAGCGCAUUAUGGCACCUCCUUUCCUGGUCUUGGGAAGCACUGGUCCCACCGCUUUGUUGAGCAGCAUCACGAAUGCCUUCACGUAUACUGGACUUGGCCACUCCAUGAUGUCCGAGGGAAAGCUGCGAACCCAGAAAACCAUAAGGCCUGGUGUGAUCUCGUUGAGAACGUCCAGCUGCAUGGAGAUGAGGGCAACACAAUUGCACCUGAGAACACGUACACGCUGGAUGAGGCAGGUUUUCAGGCUAACGGUGAUGAGGGAGAAGAGCGGGUGAUUGGCGGAGCGGGCAAGAACGUCCAGUACCAGCAGCAAGCUGGAAUGAGGGAGACAACGACUGUCAUUGUCAAUAUCUGCGCGGAUGGGACUGCCAUACCUCCAGCCAUUUUGUUUUCUGGAAAGGGCUUUGCAGUUCGGUGGAAGCAAGAUAACCCUGCAGAAGCAAUGCUGGGAUACUCGAAGAAGGGCUGGACGGAUAACGAGAUCGGCAUCGAGUACGCAAAGCACUUCGAGCGAAUGACUCGUGAGAAGGCGGGUGGCAGGUGGCGAGUCCUCUAUGUUGACGGACAUGGUUCACAUGUCACUUGUGGGUUCUUGAUGUUCUGCAAGGCGCAUAAGAUCCAUGUCUUGUGCUAUCCUGCCCAUACAACUCACAUUUACCAAGGUCUGGAUGUCGUGAUAUUCAGCCUGAUGAAGCAAAGGUUCAGUGAGAACCGUGACAAACUCUUUCGAGAGACAGGCCAGGAGAUCUCAAAAGAGAACUUCCUGAAGGUUUAUGGUGACACCCAUCUUGCGAUACUACAACUGGAGUUAAUCAAGAAGGUGUUCUCGAAGACAGGAAUCAUACCUUUUAACCGCGACGUGAUCUCUGCCGAUAAGCUCGCUCCCAGCUGCGACACCUCAUUUCGGCAUUACACCCCAGUUGAGCCACCGGCUGCUGUCCGCAUCAUGACGGAGCUGAUCAUUGACACCCUCCAGCCUAUCUUCAUCACGUCGUCUCCAAACAAUGAUUCGGAUACAGAUUCCGAAGGUGAGGAUGAGGGAGCCAGUGAGGAUGCGGUUGACGAGAGAGGUGAUGAGGAAUAUGAAGCAGGUGAAGAGGAGGAAGAAGCGGUGGCAGAUGGAGAGCAGGACAAGGAGGUGGAGGAUGGUGCUGAUGAGGAGGCAGAUGAUGUUGAGGAGGGGGGUGGUGAGGCUGGUCAUGAAGCAGAACUUGCCAACUCUGAUUGCGGCUUUCUCUUCUCACAAACACCUAUCCCAUCGUCUUCUAAUCCACCCAAUCUGCUGAAUGCUCUCAUCUUGCCUAUGAAACGUUGCAUUACCAAACCGUCAAUGUCAAGGCAAGAUGUCACAUACCUCACAACAAAGACGACAUCCACACCCGACGAGGAUGCCAUGCAGGAGGCUCUCAUUGCGAAAGCAGCGGCAGCAGAUUACUACAAGGAGCAGGCGAUCCCUUCAAGCGAAGGAAGAAGAAGGGGCAAGGAGGAGCACGAGGAUGCAAAGGCGAAGGAGGUGUGUGACAAGGAGGAGAGGGCUGCCCAGCAGCUUGAAUACGAGGAGCGGAUGGCAGCGUGGCAGGCACAUGAGGAUGGUCAGGAGGCUAGGAAUGCGGCACUGUAUCGCCAGUUUCAGGAGGAUGCAAACAAGUGGACAGCAGCGCGAGUAGCAGCGAAGGAGGCGGGCCGCAAGCUGAAGGAUUGGGACAAAGCCCAUCCAAAGCCUUUGCGUUCGAAUUACAAGGAGGCCCGGGUAAAACCCCCAACCAAGAAGGCGUGGAAAGAUCCUGAGGAGGAUCCUGAGGAGGAUGUCCAGUACGAUGAUAUUCCAGACCAGAGCCAAGCCUCGCUGUGGAAGACCCUGACAGAUUUCCUCGUAUCUGGGAUUUUCCCAAAUCUCAAGAGGGUGAACUUUGAAGUUUCUGCCACCGAAGAAGCCAAAGGAUUAGAUACUGUCAUUGAUGCCACCUAUAAAGAGUAUGUUGCCGAGUUACAGCAGAAGGAAGGGCUCAUCGUGAGCACCGUCAAAAUGCACCACCUCACAAUGGACCGCCAUGAAUAUCGAAACUUCCAUAUCUUCACCCCAAACCCAGACUGGGCCUCAAAGUAG